AUGAACACUAGUAAAAUUCCUACACCCAACGACUUUCUUACAAUGCCAACAGCGUUUAGACCGGGACGGCUAAAUAAUUUGGAAAUCCUGGAAAGAGUUUUCCCGUUGCAACGAAAGUCUGUAUUAGAACUUGUUCUACAGGGCUGUAAUGGCGACUUGGUUAAAGCUAUUGAACACUUCUUGUCUGCCCAAGACACACUUAUUGCACAGCACCAUUAUCAUUUGAACAGCAGUACGCAAAAUCACGAUAUUACCCAUUCGCAGCAUUCGUCUCACCCCUAUUUGAACAAUACCUCGUUUCGGCCCGUAAACAGACACAAACUUACGUUCGGCGGACUGAAGUCCGCCUUCACGCCACUGUCGCCUCUCGCUGCUUUCAACGGGCUGCACUCGGCGUUUCGGCCACACGUCUCCACGUUCCCACCAAAUAUCUUUCGCGGUCAGUUUCUGUCACAUCAUCACCACCACCAACAGCAGCAGCAGCAGCAGCAGCAAAUCCAUUCAGCAGGUGACAUUCUGACAUCACCGUCUCAGAUUGCCUACCAGAAUUUAAGCACCAUUCCAACUUCUUCUCUCUCGGGAAUCGUGGCCUCGCCUUUCUCCUUGCAUUCAUACCGGACGCUCACAAUAGAAAACACAGCCAUUUCAAAGAUGGCCGACAAAAACAGUAAUAAACAGAAUUUAACAGAAUCUGAUCGUAUAUCGAAUAAGUGGGAAAAUAACUCGCAAUUAACUAACAACGCUGGCAACAGCGUCAAAGAUGGAGACUAA